AUGUCGCUGCGGCAUGAAAGACCUGGAAAAACCAUUGAAGAAUCGACGGUUCGAUGGAACGGCGACAUCUCUCUGGAUAUGACAGAUGAGAUGGGCAGCAUCUCCAGCGAGGAUGAGACGGGGUCUGAGUACGAUGGGGAACAAAGAAGUAGAGGGAAGUCAGUUUUAGAGAUAUGGGACGAUGACUACAUCCAGGCUAGACUACAGAUAUUGCCUGAUGCCGAAGAUAUAAUCGAGAUGAUUGAACAAGACAAUACGGAGACGAUUUUUACGAAAAAUCCGACGAGUCUACUGCUUAUCGCUACGUGGUUGCAAAAGGAGAAGGUUCUUCAGGAGGUUUUGGAGAAGGGAGUUUCUCUGCAAGCCGUAGACGGAGAAGGACGGUUGGUUUUAAUGAAAUAUUUUUUUAUUUUAAUUUUUGUGCGGUAAAAAACAAUAAAAAACUAAAAUUGGGCGGUAUAAUACAGUAAUUCAAAAUUUUCGGACAAUCUAUUGUAUGCUGAUCGAAGACAUCCCCUGACCAAAAAUUGUUCGAGUCGAUAAAUAUUUCUUCAAAAUUAAGCAUUUGGAUUAAGUGUUUAGACAAUCAAAUUAUGUGUUCUUGAAUUUAAUUAGCGGAUACGUCAGAUCGUAACAUAACAUAAAAUAACAUACGAUCAUUUGAAUAAUUUAUAAUUAGAGAAGGUUUUUUUUAAAAUAGUGCAAACUGAGAGGAAAAUGAACCUAAUCUAAUAAUAUAUUAUCGUUCGAAAUUAUAUUAUUUGACUCUUCAGCUUGAUUCAUUUUAAUAAUCAGCGUUUUCAUAUAAGUUGAAAAAUGUUAAAGUUUACUCAAAUUAUGAAUUAAAAUAAUGUAUACCUCUUGGAAAAAAAUCAAUUUAUGUUUUAAGCUAGAGAAAACAGUCAUCAAACUAAUAAAUUCAACAAUAAAUUAAAUCUGAUAAAAUUAGGAGUCCGUUUACAGAUAGCGAAGUUAAAAUUUAAUAGAAAAUUAAACUAACGGGAAUAAAGUUGCAAUUUAUUAUUUUUUGGGUGGUCCGAUGCUUCUGAGGCAAAAUUCGUGCCGAAUCGUAGUUAUGUUUGCAACUCAACAAUACUGAACAAUUUAUUCCAGCCAUAAUAUACAAAAUUGUUAAAUUCCGAGCUAUUUUUGCACGUUCUACUUUGUUUUUAAUGAGCCCCCACUUCAUUUUAAUUCGUAGUUUCUGUUUCAUCAAAUGACAAGGCAAUAAUUGGCACAUUUUGUGUGUAUUUUUUUGUUUACUUUUACUUUUCAGUUACUUUCAUUCUCAUUGUAAAAUAUUUGUUAUAGCAUAUCAUCUCGUUCAGUUAUUUGGAUUUAUUAGAUUAUAACUAUUCCUAGAAAAUUCUGGAGACUAUGGACUUUGCCAACUUUGCCACCACUUAUGUGGUGAAUGUUUAGAAAAUUGGGAAAAUACCUUUUUCAGUAUUAUUUAGAACUUUUAGAUUGAUUCAAUUCCAUGAAAAUAUGUUCAGAAUAAAACAGCCGCAUUUUUUUA